CUUCCAUCUACCCGAAACCGUAAUGAAUGAGAUUGAAUUUAUUUUCAAAGACUUGUCACGUACGGAACUUUUAAAAAAAUGUACGGCAGGAAAAACCCAAAAUUCGAAUGAAAGUUUUAACAGUGUUGUUUGGACGAUUGUACCCAAAAAAAUCGUUCAAAUGAACACCUUAAAUUUCGUAAUGUUCGAAGCAAUAAACCGAUAUAACGAAGGACAUUUGGCAAAAGUUUGUGUGUUAGAAGAGAUGGGACUUAGAGCCGGUAAGAACACGCUAAUUGCUUUGAAACGGUUGGACCAUGAGCGCGUCUGUAAAGGAAACACUCAACUGCUAAAGCAUAGAGGAGGCACAACACAUAACAAUUGCGAAGACGACCCAAAUUAUAGCGCUGGUAAUUUUUAAGAUCAUAACAAUGAGUUCAUACCAGAGCUGCAGGCCCUUGCCCAAUCGUCCAAGGACGCCAAUGCUCUUGGUAGAAGAACCGCCACUCCAUCAGUCAUCUCCAUCGGUUCCGUCUACAACCACACACUUGUCUAGAACAACCACUCACGCCUCUAAAGUUCGUACAUUGGUUCCGUCUACAACUACACACUCGUCUAGAACCACCACACACACCUCUAAAGGAUCUUCAACUAGUACAUUGGUUCCGUCUAGAACCACCACACACACCUCUAAAGGAUCUUCAACUAGUACAUUGGUUCUGUCUAGAACCAUGACACAUACCUCUAAAGGAUCUUCAACUAGUACAUCAAUUCCGUCUAGAACCACCACACACACCUCUAAAGGAUCUUCAACUAGUACAUUGAUUCCGUCUACAACCCCACACUCAGUGCCGUCUUCAUCUCCAGCAUCUCCAUCUCUGGCAUCACCAUUCCCAGCCAUAGAAAGACCCAAGACGCCAAUGCUUUUAGAAGAGCUGGACUCACUUAUUAGAUUCAAGGCGGUGGAGAAAAUAUCUUCUUCUUCAUCAUCUUGUUCUUCAUCGUCUGAUAGUUCAUCAUCUUCAAGCGAGUCUAGCUCGAGUGAGUCAUCAUCUGAAAGUGAUUCUGAAGUGGUAGCGACCACCGACACAACAGACACACAAGACAAGACAGCUCUAUCAAUGAAGUCACCUCGAGUUCGUUUGUCAUUUGAAGAUACUUUGAUGGAGCUGAAUUCGACAAAGUCUUGUCUCGACAAACCUGUAGUUCCCGAAGAUGAAGAAGAUGAAAACUCUGACAGUUCUUCUUCUUCUUCAUCUUCGGGCAACUCAACAGGAGAUGAGACUGAUGACGAGAGCACAGGACCAUCCAAAAGAUUGACAAGACAACCACGAGCCUUGCCCAUAAGAUCAGCAGUUGUGUUGUUGGAUUCUGAGGAGGGCUACAGUCCAGAAGAUUGCAGCAUGAAAUUCAUGAAGCCAACAAAAGAAACAACAAAGCUGAAUCGAAACCUGAGGGAGUUCAAGAAGGACGCGACGCCGCUUACAUUUCCUGAUGUAGGCUGCAAUGCAAAAUCUGGAUUGAGGUGCCAAAGGUUUUAAUUCAGCUGCAAGGCCGUGGAUGAGGACGAGACAAACAAUCAAAUCGAGAAAGACAUCAUCUACCUGGCCAGCUUCGAUCUAGUAUCACUGAAAAAUUAUCCAGUGAGCUAGAUCAGUCACGUAAAUGGGUGCUGGCGCCAUCUCAAACGGGUCACACAUUAAAAACACUUUCUGAAGACUUGACCACCAUUAAUCGCGAUACCCACUUGUUUACAAACUACUAUGUCAAAAAUUAAAUGGAUAG